AUGCUCGAGCAGAUCCAUGGCGCAGUGCACAAGGCCAGAGACAAGGCGCGCGACAUCGAGGGCGUGGCGAGGGAGUACGCGCAGGAGAAGGAUCUGCACGUCUCCUAUGUCGAUCUCGCCAUCCAGUUCAUCGGCGCAUCGGGCCUACCGAAGCUGGACGUGGUCGGGCUCAGCGAUCCCUAUUUCGUGGCAACACUCGACGAUAAGAUCAAAUUCAUUUCGACGGUGCAGCCGCGCACGCUCAGCCCGGUGUGGAACGAGCUGUGGAAGGUGAAGAACGUGCCGGUGCACGCGAGUCUGAACGUCCAGGUGCUAGACAAGGACGACGGCGCGCCCACGGACGAUUACAUUGGCAAGUUCUCCGUCAGCAUCUCGCCCGGUACCAAGGAGGCAGAGAUUGAGGGGCCCCUGCUCAGUCGCAAUCGCGGUACUUUCUGGGUCAAGAUCGAAUCAACGCCUUCUACAAACGAUCCGCACCUGCAUCCCUAUGUUUUUGAUGGCCCAGUGCGGUACUCCCGCCACUUCUCGCCUCUAGUAGGCCGACUCACGAAUGUCAACGAUGAGCGACUGUACUGCACGUGGAAGAUGUACAUCAAAGGCGUCAAGCUGUUCUUCGGCGACCGGGUCCAGCACUGGAACGUCAACUACAAAUCCGCGCAGACCAUCUUCCAAGGCCGCACCUCCCUUGCCGUGCGCUCGGGCAUCCAGGCGGGGCACCGCAUGCUCUACGCGCGGAGCACGACCAACGGCUUUGGUGUGAUCAACGGGCCGGAGGACGUCCUCGCCAUCCUGCACGGCGGCAACCGGCGCGGGCAGAACGACACCCGCUUCGAGCACCGCGUCAAGCCCGCUGUGUACACGUACAUCAUCGCCGUCGAGGAUGACUCCUUCCGCUUCUCCGAGACCGGCGCCGCCUUCUUCGUCGACUUUGCGUCCAAGCACGCGCUGCACAGCAACUGCGCCGAGGCCGUACGCUACAGCGGCGAGUUCCACCCUCGCCCGCGCGGCGGGUGGGAGAACUUCAGCGACGACAUACAGGACAGCGAGACGAACUGGGAGCUGGUCAUCGAUAACAACUCGGGCACGUACGCGCCCGAUAAGGCGCUCCUGCCCGAUCUCAAGGCUCUCUUGGAGUACAACUUCCCAGGUUUCACUAUCUUUGCGCUCGAUCGCGAAGAUCCUCAGCUGGAGCAGAGCAGGGAGGCAUGUCGGGCCUACGCUCUCGAGCAUCGUGGUGUCAAGCACACGGAGCUUCAGCCCCACGUCGAAGAUGGCGAGCCUGCCCUGUCUCACGAAAUCGAGACCCAAGGUUACCCAGCUCCGGGUGGCCCUUUGACCUAA